GCUGCACUAAUUUACCUUCCUACCAACAGCAUAUAAGAGUUUAGUGUUCUCUGAAACUUCCCAGCAUUUGUUAUUUUUUGUCUUUCCAAUGAUAGCCAUUUAUUCAAACUGGAGCAAGAUUAUAUCACAUUGUAGGUUAUUACAAUUAUAAUUGCUUACAACAGGCAUGCUCUCACACAUCUUCAGUGUUAACACACUGUUUAGUGGGUAAUUUGGUCUACUCUCAGGACAACUUUUUAAAAAAUACAAGUCAUUAAGAGUUAUUUAAGGAAAAGUGAAAUACUAAGCAUUUGUCUUUGCUAUCUUUACAGAUCAAAUAUGAAAAUAGCAGUGAUCAGCACCAAGCUCCUUAUGGAGAAAGAGCAUGUGAAAUCUUUUCUUAGCACUCUUCCUAUGAGGCCAGGACUCAACAGAAAAUACAUUCCUGAAACACCCAUAAGAAUUCCUACUUCAAACCCACAGACUUCAAAUACCUGCAAGAACUAUUUAACUGAGGUGGCUGUGAUUCACUGCAAAGGACAUCAAAGAGGCUGUGGUAACCAAAGAGCAGACGCUGCGGCUCAGCUCCCGGUCGUGCCUUUAACCCUGCUGCCCACUGUGUCCUUUCCGCAACCGGACUCGCCAGACCACCCAGAAUACGCCCCUGAGGAAGAAAAUCAAGCUUCAGAUAUUCAGGCCAGUAAAAAUCAGGAAGGAGGAGUAAAAUUGGCCCAGCUUCUAAGGAGCCAUUUCAAGAUCCCCCACCUUCAGGACUUAGCUAACCAAGCAGCUCUCCAGUGUACGGCUUGUGCUCAGUACCUGCAGUCUCUCCAACAAGUACAAGACAUCAUCCAGCCGCUUGUCCGGGGAGCUCAUCCCAAUCCAGUUCCUGACCAGACGGGUGACCUGGUAUAUGUUAAAAAAUUCCAGAAGGAAGGACUCACUCCUGCCUGGAAAGGACCUCAUACUAUCAUCCUCACUACACCAAUGGCUCUGAAGGUGGACGACAUUCCUGCUUGGAUUCAUCACUCUCGCAUCAAAAAGGCCAACAAAGCCCAAACCUGCUGUACCCACGAAGAACAGCGCGAUCUGCCGAUCAUGGGAGCAGGAAACGUCGACAUUGCUGCAGAGUUUGGACACACCAGAAGCCGGACUGGAUGUGGAAGCUCUAAGGGUGCAGAAAAGGGCUCCAGAGCGUUGGCUUUCACCUUCGUCCUGGAAAUCACCCUGACUCUAGCUGCUGAGAUUCUUACCAGUUUUUCUGCCCUCACUGGACGUGUGUCACUUUGCCCACUUACUCUGGAGGAUCAACCCCACCCUCAGUCCUUUCCAUAGCUCGCACUUCCCGUCCUAGACCGUGUACUAUAGGAAAUUGCAAUCCUCUUACUGUAACUGUCCGUAACUCUAGUUUAGCUCAAUGGUAUUAUGGCAUGUCACAGGGAUUAAGGCUUUAUAUUCUGGGAUUUGAUGUUGGAACUAAGUUCACCAUCCAGAAAAAGGUCCUGGUCCCACGGAGCCCUCCUAAGCCAAUCGUACCUUUAACUGAUUUGGUGACCCUGCGUUCCAAAAACACCCAGACACAAUUUAACUGUCCCACCAUCGUUCCUGCUUCCUAGACCUCAGCUGCAAUGACAACACCUCCAACCCAGCCUGAAGUCCACUCUGGACAGUGUUCCUCACCUCCUGAGUCUCACCCAGCCUGAAGUCCAUUCUGGACAGCGUUCCUCACUUACCUCCUGAAUCUCACCCAGCCUGAAGUCCACUCUGGACAGUGUUCCUCACCUCCUGAAUCUCACCAGCCUGAAGUCCAUUCUGGACAGUGCUCCUCACUCACCUCCUGAAUCUCACCAGCCUGAAGUCCAUUCUGGUCAGUGCUCCUCACCUCCUGAAUCUCACCCAGCCUAAACUAGCCCGAGAUUGCUGGUUGUGCCUAAAGGCCAAACCCCCAUAUUAUGUUGGAUUAGGAGUAGAAGCCAUGCUAAAAAUUCUUUGUCAUACGUGCCCCCAUGCCCUUACACUAGGAGACGUGUCAGGAAUGCCUCCUGUCUAACUAGCAGGGUAUAAUUUAUCUGCUUCUCCCUCUCAGGCUACCUGGAAUCAGUCCCUGCUUACCUCCUUAAACGCCUCAGUCUUCUAUCAGGCACCCAACAAUACCUGGUUAGCCGGCACUUCAGGUCUCACUCACUGCAUCAGUGGGACUGAACCCUGACCUCUCCUGUGUGUUGGUUCAUGUACUCCCCCAGGUCUACCUGUACAGCAGGUCAGAAGAACAACUCCUCAUCGCUCCUCCUGAAUUGCAUCCCAGGUUUUGCCGAGUUGCCCCACUCCUUGUACCCCUUGUGGCCGGCCUUAGCAUAGCUGGGUCAGCAGCCAUCCGCACGACUGCCCUGAUUCAAGGAGAAACUGGGCUAAUGUCCCUAUCUCAACAAGUAGAUGAUGAUUUAAGCCAUCUCCAAUCAGCCAUAAAUAUACUGCAUGCCCAGGUAGAGCCUCUAGCGGAUGUAGUUCUUCAAAACCGCCGAGGCUGAGAUCUGCUAUUUCUCUCCCAAGGAGGGUUACGUGCAGCUUUGGGAGAAAGUUGUUUCUAUGCCAAUCAGUCUGAAGUCAUAAAAAAUACUCUUCAAAAAGUUCGAGAAAAUCUAGGCAAAUGCCAGCAGGAACAGGAGAGUAACACCCCCUGGUACCAAAGCAUGUUUAACUGGAAUCCCUGGCUAACUAAUUACCGGGCUGGCGGGAGCCCUUCUCCUCCUCUUAAGGUUCGUCUUCAGGCCUUGUCUAUUAAAUUGGUUGCUUAACUUUAUAAAGUAGCGCAUAGCUUCUGUCAAACUUGUGUAUCUUGGAACCCAAUAUAACCCCUUUGUUAUAACCGAGGAAUCAAUGAUUUGAUUCCCCAAAAACACGAGUGGGAAUGUGAUGCCCUCCCUUGUUUUUACCUGAUUGACUCUCUCAGCUGAGAGAGCCGGACAGACUCCAUUUUGGUUUCUCCGCUUGCAGCCCCUUGUCCCCCCUCCCUUAAGGACAUAACUGGUGCAUGCUGACUCCACGCACACCCAGGAGUGCGCUGAUAAGAUACUGAGGCAAGCUGUGCCAGCGGCCCCUGGACACGCGCUCGCUUGGUGGUACCCAAAGCCCCUGCAUUUGUCUCUUUGUGACAGUUUAAGCCCCUGAACCUGGAACUAUUUUCCUGUAACUGUUUCUGUAACCAUCUAUCUUUUAACUUUUUGCCUGUUCUGCUUCUGUAAAAAUUGCUUUAGACUCCCUCUCUCCUAUUUAGACCAAGAUAUAAAAAGAAAUCUAGCCCCUUCUUCAGGGCUAAAUUUUGAGCUCUAGCAGUCCCUCAGUCACCAGCAAUAAAGGACUCCUGAAUUA